AUGCAGAACCGCACCAAAGUCCGUCGUCGCGUGCUGGCCUGUGCUCGCUGUCGGAAGCGUAAACUCUCGUGUGAUGGCAAGGUUCCCGCCUGCACGCGUUGCGUAGAUGCUAGCGUCCAGUGUGUGGGAUUCGAUUCUUCAACCCAGCAAGAAGCUCCGCGCUCUAUUGCCGACUUUCUGGAAGCGCACAUCGCGCGGCUCGAGGGCCAAAGCAGCACGCCCUCGACGCUGCCAUCUCUAGGACAGUCAAGUGCUACUCUGUCAUCCCCGGCAGAUUCUCACGCAUCUGACUCGAGGCCGGGGAAUUGGCGUCCAGAGAAAUGUGCCUUCGCCGACAGCCUCGUCAACCAGGUCAUGCAAGACAUCACGCCUUCUUUCCUUGGUGUGUGCAAAGCUCGGCCCUUCCUACAGUGCGUCAUCAGAGGCACGAGGCUGCCUUCGAAAAAGGGACCUGUUCUUUCCAACGAUCUGAACGAAAACCACCCCAGAUCCAUCUUGAACCCUCAGCAGACCAAGGGGCUGUUCUAUGACCUCAUGCCUGACGAGGUUGGCGCCAACAAACUACUCCAAAACUACCUAGAUCGCGUCAUCACACAAUACCCCAUCUACCAUCGAAACGACGUGACAACUGCUUUCAACUCCAUCUAUCACAAGAAAGCAGCAACGCCAAAUGAAGACUCGUUCCGAAAUCGAUACAUAGUCUGCAUCAUCAUGGCCAUCUCACUAACAACAAGCGCACGGAAUAAUGUGCAGAAGGCAAACGACCUUGCAUAUCAGCUUGUUCGACACGCCAUGCAAUGGAUUCCAGAGGUUGCAACCAACGAUAUUGCUGGACUACAAGCUAUACUGCUACUAACCCAAUACAUCUUCCUGAAUCCUAAGAUGGCCGAUCUAUGGCUCAUGACAGGUCUCAUCAGCCAAGCAGUCAUUGACCUCGGAUUGCACCAAGAGCUGCCCAAUGAUGCUAAAGUCUCCGUUUACCAACGCGACAUGCGACGACGUAUAUUUUGGUGUGCAUGGGAGAUGGAAGUUGGCGUCUGCUGCAUAUUUCUACGCCCUACAAGUCUUCCGGUUGGGCGCAUAGAUGUUCAUUUUCCCAUGGAGAUUGACGACACCGCCAUUACGCAAUCUAGCAUAUCACCGACUGGACGACUAUCGAAAUUCACGCAGCGUAUCAUUUGUCGCUUUCGCCUUAUCGAAGCUGACGUCAUAUCCGUCUUGUGGCAUGAAGACCCUAUAUCUCAAGAGUGCUCCUCGUUGGAGGAGUGGGUACAACACACUAUCAAUGCAAUGUCAGAUUGGCAACGCGAGAUAUAUGCAGCUUCAGAGGCCAACAAAGAUCGUAGCUUGAAUGCACGAUGGACUGAGAUGCGCUUAUACUCCGACAUCGCAACCCCUUACGUCUUGUCCUUGUUGCAUCGCACCUCUCGACGACUGCCGAACCCAAGUAAAGAGCAAAUGAUGAUCGCUCUACUCAAUGCCGUCAAGGUUGCUGACGGCUACUUUCAGCAAUCUGAGGCAGAAGCGGGAAAGAUCAAAUACGUCUUCCAUCCAUGCCAUCAUGUCUUCAAUUGUGCGCUCAUAUUCUUGCAAGGUUUGCAGCGCUGUCCGAAAGAAGUUGCGGACCAAUACUCAUGGCAACAAGUUGAAGAAUGGAUGCACGUCUUUUCGAAAUGCUUCUUGUCCAUCUCAGAGCGAUGGGCAGCCGCGAAAAGGUGUUUCGAAGAGUACGAGCGACUACUCCUUCCGGUCAAGAAGGAAUACCUUGAAUUCCUGAAUCAGAGAGCGAGCUAUUGUCCGCCAACACUCCAACAAACGGUCUCUGAUGCGAGCAAUCUCUACGACUACCAAGUGCCGCCCUCUAUACUUACAGAGAUCGACGAGGCUUACCAGUUCUGGACAGUCUUCAACCCCACCUCGGCGAUCGAUGCACCAGACCCACUGGGUGCGUACUCUUACAAUCUCGCGCCUUCCGAUUGGAAUGCGGAGUUCUCUUUGAAUGAUAAUAUGGACAUGACACCGGAGUUAUAG